AAUAAACUGCGUUUUAAGCGCCGUUGGAGUUAAACAGCUGUACCACGCCUGUUUUGUUUACAUGUGUGUAUUUUAAAACAAACUGACGAUACUAUCGUGGAUGGGUGGAGUCUUGGGUUCCUCGUAGUAAGUGUGGGCGCGUCUGGGCGCUGAGAUUGGUGGACGCGGUUAAUUUGAAAGAAAAUUUGUUUGAGGAAGGAUGAAUUGCUCGUGAUGCGCUGGCUUUUUAUUCGCUUGAAUCGCGUGCAGUUACUUUUUUAUCGGUUUUGGGGCGCGAGGAGGUCUGAGCACUGAUGUAACACAAGUACCAUAUGGAUGCACAGUACAUCAAAAAAAGCAUCGGGAUAUCCAACAAAAGUAGAACACCACCAUGUGGCCAUCAUACAAAGACAUUAUUUAAGAUAAAUCAUCCACUACUGACUUCUGAAGAAGCUGAACCUUUGUGAGAGCCAUUAAAUUAAAGUGAUGGGGUUAAAUGAAAGUAAGCUGCAGCAGCAAGAAACUCCCGUUAGACCUCUUGUCAACAAGCACCUUGCCAAUACUGCCGAUCCACGAUCUCCUACUGCAGGUAUUGUUAGGACACCGAUUGAGGUUGAAGGCACACCCAAAAGCAGUGAGGUAGAGGAGCAGUAUGAUGAGGAAGUGGUAUUGGGAAGAGUAGAGCUGCUCCAGGGCUCUGAUCCUCGUUCCCCUACGCCUGGAAUUGAAAGAACUCCUGUUAAGAGCACUUUGUCUGACAGUCUGAAUUGCUUGGUGAAACAACUGAGUGAGGUUUUUAUACGUGAAGGUGCUGAUCAGGAGUCCCUGACUGACCCCUUGCUUAGCUCAACAGAUGUAUUUACUAUAGAUCACCAGGACACGUUAUCCACAGAACUGAGGGAGCGUCACAUCGCAGACACAAGAACUUUGGAAGGUCGACCAGCACAUAAAGAAACUGAAACCUGUAGAAGAAGCGGCAAACUCAAGUCAAAGAAACAGACUUCAAAACUAAUUAUGGUUUCUUCAGGAAAUGGACGAUCACCUCUGAAAACUCUACAAGAAGAUAAUUCCCCGAGCACUGUACCUCUCAGACAAAUGAAGAAGUCCUUCAGCUUGGUUGAAUAUUCCAAUGAGCAACAGGAUGGAGGUCCAAGUCGGAGUCUUCUGAAGCCAGCCAGAUACAAGGAGAGCAUAACUGACAAAGAGAAUGAUCACUACACUAUCGUGGAGAACUGAAACAAGAGCUUUUUAGCAGAGGAGGUUUACCCCAACAACAGGGAGGGGCAUAUUUCUGGAAAUCAUGAAUAAUUUGCUGCUUUAACUCCAUGUACAAGUGGUGCCUUCUUUCACAUAUUUCAAAGCCCUGUCAUAUUGGUUUCAAUUCUUCCCGUCUUGUACAACCUUGUGACUUGCUGUCAGUGCAACAUCACUUUUGUGAAAAUUGCCUAGCCAACUGACAUGGUUACACUUUAAUACAGAGCUGUUUUACAGCCACUAAAAACGGAGUAUUCCUAAGUACAGGAGGCACUUCCUGGUAUGAAGAGGCAAUAAUAUGCAGCCAUGCUGCUGCUGGGAUGGUUGAAGAAAAGGGCAGUUGAUCUUUGAUUACAACACUAUUGGUAUUAACUUGUUUUGCCACUGCUUUCAUUGUGCUAAGAUGGGAUAUUUUGUGACGCUUUAUCGAAGACUGUGGUUCACUAUCCAAAAUGUGAGUUAUUCUGCCUAAGCUUUUCUGUUUCAGAUUUCUGUUCACAGAAAAUGUGAGAAUCCUAAUAUACAAUCUGUCAUUUUCGGUUUGACUUUCUUUGGAAAAUGUAUUCAAGCAUGGCUUUAGUUCUUCAGCACUGGUUAUUGCCAUUUAAGAAGACCCUCCCCCAGAUUGUGUUGUAAAAUAGGUGAUUUGCCCUCCCAAUGUACUCUGCCACACAUUGUCAGAUUGGUAACUCACUCUUCAGUGAAGAAUGCUCUUGUGGCUUCAGGUAUAGAGCAGAUGUGUUUUUUUCUUUUUACCUUGUUCCACAGGCCUUUUUGGCAUGCAACCUUUUGCCUCCAGGAGAAAGUUAAGUAUUUGCUGUGGUGCUGGUAAAUAUUUUCUUCCAAAGUAUAUGUGUGUGUUCUGUAUUGCAUAUCUUAUUUAGAGUUCCAGGUGAUUUCAGUAUGGAACUCCAUUACUAUCAUUUCAUUUAGAGGAUGGGUCUGUCAGUAAAUGGAUGAUGGCCUGGUUUCUGCCCUCCACGUAUCGGCUUUUCUGUUACACAGGCCAAUAGAUGAGUCGAGUUGACACCAAAGACCAUUCUCCCUCAUCUCAAUUGGACUGGCAAAGUUAAAUUACGUUUUUCUUUGAUAUAGUCUGUGCUUUGGCUUUGCAUUUACCAGUCAGUGUUACAGAAGAUGAAGAGUGGAUCUCCCUUUGUGCUGCUUUUGGCACACAAUGAAUUUGGACUCCUUUUCUGAUGUGCUGUUUUCUUUGUUAUUUUUGUUUCUCUCCUUUCUGCUUGUUUCUCUCCUUUCUGCUUCUGUUUUUAUGUAAUGUUUUGUUUAAUUUUAUAUUGCUGUACAUAUUUUAUUUUCUUUAGACUUGUGCUCUUUAAUGUCUAAUAUCAAAUAAAUUAAUUCUUUAAUAAAAGUGUUAAAUGUC